UUCUUCUUUCGCUAAUCUAAUUCCCAAGCAAUCUCUGAUACUCUCUCUCUCUCUCUCUCAAGCAUCUUUCUGUAGCUUCUCUUCGAUUUCCUUUAUUUUUUCCUCUCGAAGCAAUUGGUGUGAAUGGCGGACGUGCAGAUGGCUGAUGCCGAGACCUUCGCUUUUCAGGCUGAGAUCAACCAGCUCUUGAGCUUGAUCAUCAACACCUUUUACAGCAACAAGGAGAUUUUCCUUCGCGAGCUUAUCAGCAAUGCCUCUGAUGCUUUGGAUAAGAUCCGAUUUGAGAGUCUCACGGACAAGAGCAAGCUAGAUGCUCAACCGGAGCUCUUCAUUAGGAUCGUCCCUGACAAGGUCAACAAGUCCCUCUCUAUCAUUGACAGUGGCGUCGGCAUGACCAAAGCAGAUUUGGUUAACAACUUGGGGACAAUUGCGAGAUCGGGGACCAAGGAAUUCAUGGAGGCGUUGCAGGCCGGAGCAGAUGUGAGCAUGAUUGGUCAAUUCGGUGUGGGUUUCUACUCGGCUUACCUUGUUGCGGAGAAGGUCAUUGUAACCACGAAGCACAACGACGAUGAGCAGUACAUCUGGGAAUCCCAAGCCGGUGGUUCAUUCACCGUGACAAGGGACGUUAACGGAGAGCAACUUGGCAGGGGCACUAAGAUCACCCUCUUCCUCAAGGAGGACCAGUUGGAAUACUUGGAGGAGAGGAGGAUUAAGGACCUUGUGAAGAAGCAUUCUGAGUUCAUUAGUUACCCCAUUUACCUCUGGACCGAGAAGACGACUGAGAAGGAGAUCAGUGAUGAUGAAGAUGAAGAACCCAAGAAGGAAGAGGAAGGAGAUGUGGAGGAUGUGGAUGAGGAAAAGGAGACCAAGUCGAAGAAGAAGAAGAUUAAGGAAGUUUCUCACGAAUGGCAACUCAUCAACAAGCAGAAACCCAUCUGGUUGCGCAAGCCGGAGGAGAUCACCAAAGAUGAAUACGCUUCCUUCUAUAAGAGUUUGACCAAUGACUGGGAAGAACACCUCGCUGUCAAGCACUUUUCUGUCGAGGGUCAGCUUGAGUUCAAGGCCAUUCUGUUUGUUCCGAAGAGGGCUCCAUUCGAUCUGUUCGACACACGCAAGAAGAUGAACAACAUCAAACUCUAUGUUCGGAGGGUGUUCAUUAUGGACAACUGCGAGGAGCUGAUCCCCGAGUACCUCGGAUUCGUCAAGGGUGUGGUGGAUUCCGACGAUCUGCCAUUGAACAUCUCGCGUGAGAUGUUACAGCAGAACAAGAUUUUGAAGGUGAUCAGGAAGAACCUUGUCAAGAAGUGCAUUGAGAUGUUCAAUGAGAUUGCCGAAAAUAAGGAGGACUACAACAAGUUUUAUGAAGCUUUCUCUAAGAACUUGAAACUCGGAAUUCAUGAAGACAGUCAGAAUAGGGCCAAAUUGGCUGAUUUGCUCCGGUACCACUCCACGAAAAGCGGUGACGAGCUGACGAGUUUGAAGGACUACGUGACUCGAAUGAAGGAGGGUCAGAAGGAGAUUUACUACAUUACUGGUGAGAGCAAGAAGGCCGUGGAGAACUCUCCAUUCUUGGAGAGGCUUAAGAAGAAGGGCUACGAGGUGCUCUUUAUGGUUGAUGCAAUUGAUGAGUAUGCCGUUGGGCAGUUGAAGGAGUACGAUGGUAAGAAACUGGUUUCUGCUACGAAGGAGGGUUUGAAGCUCGAGGAUGAGAGCGAGGAGGAGAAGCAGAAAAAGGAGGAGAAGAAGAAGUCGUUCGAGAACCUUUGCAAGACGAUGAAGGAUAUAUUGGGAGACAGAGUGGAGAAGGUCGUCGUAUCUGACAGAAUUGUGGACUCUCCGUGCUGCUUGGUGACCGGGGAGUACGGUUGGACCGCGAACAUGGAGAGGAUCAUGAAAGCACAGGCACUAAGGGAUAGCAGCAUGAGCUCCUACAUGUCGAGCAAAAAGACGAUGGAAAUUAACCCUGACAACGGUAUCAUGGAGGAGCUGAGGAAGAGGGCAGAGGCUGACAAGAACGAUAAGUCGGUGAAGGACCUUGUGUUGCUGCUCUACGAGACAGCUCUCUUGACUUCUGGAUUUAGCCUUGAUGAUCCAAAUACGUUUGGUUCUAGGAUUCACAGGAUGUUGAAGCUUGGUCUUAGCAUUGACGAGGAAGAGACUGGAGUAGAGGAUGCAGACAUGCCUCCGUUGGAGGAAGAUGCCGCCGAGGAGAGCAAGAUGGAAGAAGUGGACUAAUGUUCUGGGUUUUGGGGGUUCUGUUGGUAGAGUGCAAUUCGGUAUUUCGGUCCUAUGUUAGAAGCGUGAGCCUGACUGUUCA